AUGCAAGGUAAUUCGGGACACUACGCUAUCGAUCAUCAGUAUGAUUUCGCUUUUGAUGCUGCUAACAAUCCUUUGAUGAUGGAUUGUACUCUUGAAGAUCCAUUUUAUUCAUCUUUUUAUAACCCUACCCCAGGGAUGUGGGGUGAAAUGAGCGGUGGAUUUGGAUUAAGUACCCAAUUACUUGGAAGAACUGAGAACCAGGAAUUGCUGUUAUGUGACAGAAAUCAAGAAAAUAUAAUGACUAAUGAUCGUGUUGAGGGAAUUAUAACGGAAAAAGGGAAGCAAAAAAUGUUGUCUCGAGAAACAAUUUCAAAGUACUUUUAUAUGCCAAUAAUUCAAGCAGCCAAGGAACUUAAUAUUGGGGUGACAUUUUUGAAGAUAAGAUGUAGGGAUUUGGGAAUUCGAAGGUGGCCACAUAGGAAGUUAAUGAGUCUUCAAACAUUAAUCAAGAAUGUUAAGGAAUUGAAGGGGGGGGAAGGAAAUGGUAUGGAACAAAAGUGGAAGGAUGUGAUAGAUUCAUUAGAGGAAGAGAAGAAAAGGAUGGAAGAAAUUCCAGACAUGGAACUUGAGGAGAAAACAAAGAGAUUAAGGCAAUAUUGUUUCAGGGCUAACCACAAGAAGAGAAGGCUUAUGGGUAUGGCGGAAUUGCAGGCUUCUUUUGGUACUUCUUGCGAUAGUGGUCCGAUUCGGAGACAAUGA